UAAUCUUUCAAAUUUCCUUCUUGGUUCAUCACAAAAUAAUCUUUUCUUUUUCUUUUUUACAAAUAAUUUGUAAUUCAUAGCAUUUCUUACACAUUUUUACACACUUUUCUCUCUUCUGAAUAAUAUAUAAUUCACCAUAUAAUUCUCAUUAUCUUAAUUCUCGACCCUAAUAUACUUUGGAAAAUAAUUUGAGAUGAAGUGAGUAUUCAGUUCCGUAAUUCAAUUUAGAGUCCAUUUGGCGACCAUGUUUUUGGCUUAUCAUGUUUAUUAGCCGACCUUUUCAUCAAACACUUGACUUUUGAUUUUCCGCGUUGGAUUGUGUAAUAAUAAGGAAAAGUAUAGUUGAAGUUACUUUUCUGGUUGUUCCUGUAGAGGAUCAUAUCAGCUAUUUUUCACACAAUUUUUUCUUUUUUAAUUAAUAAAAUAUAUUUUAAAGUUUAUAAAGUUCAAGUGAAUGGGUCUAAGGAUUUUAUGACAAUUAACUAAUGAUCGUACGUGUUUGGGUUGAGUGAGAUGUAGAAUGAACCUAAAACGGCUUUACGGGAUGGGAUUCCGGAAAGUAGCGGUGACCGGCAUGCAACCGGUGGGGUGCAUACCCGCCGUCGUCGUCGCUCCGUCCACUUUCAGUUACCCCAGCUGCAACGCCACCUACAACGCCUUAUCCGUGGCCCACAAUUUCUUCCUCAAGCUGCUAGUAAGUUUUCUCAACAAGUUCAACCGAACCGCUCCUUUUGUCAUCAUCGAUCUUUAUGCCGCCUUCACCGCUGCCCUCAACAUUCACAACAACCUCCCAGCUGCAGCGACGAAAGCAGAAGACGACGGACGACGAUCGAGGAGAGGCAUCCAACUCCGGCGAACCUCCAUCUCCGGCGACCCCAUUCCGGUGAACCUCCACCUUCAUCUUCAACACUCUUUCUUCUUUCUUCUAGAAUAUGGAUUUCUCAAGCUUCCCAAUCAUAUGUCAUUGGGGAGGAAACUAUUAUGAGGAUGCUGGCCAAAUAUGCCUUGAAGGUGGUAGAACCAGCUUUGUCAUGGUUUCUCGUGGCGCUUGCAUGCUGGAGAUCCUUCAAAAAAUACAUGCAGCCACAAUGAUUCAUCCUAGCCGUUCUUUGCGGUUGAAAAUGAAAUUUCCCAUGAACGGGGGAAAGUACAUGCUUAUGCCCCUCAUUGAUGAGCUAGCUAUAACAAAUAUGUGGGGCAUAACUCAGAUGGAAGAUAUGUCGACGCUUGAGCUAUACAUUGAGGAAUCCUGUGACGCCUAUGGUACUCAAUCAACAUUGAGGAAUCCUGUGUCGUAUCUACGUAUGAUGUCAGUGCAGGGGUGAAUGCAGGGAACUCCUCAAAGGCUCCUGUACUAAACAUGGUUGUACAGGAAGAUGGUAGGUAUUUGCACAACGGUGCAUCAUUUGUGGAUGGGCAGGGAACUGAUGAUGAUGCUGACGAGAACAUCAACGGUGAUGACAUGACAGAAUCUGAUGAAGAUGAUGGUGAUACUGUCACGAAAACAGCCCCGUCUAGCCAUUUUACUAGAAUUUAUGAUCUCCCUGAAGGGUUUACUGAUGCGUGGAUGAGUGGAUCAGGUGAGAAAAGGUUUACCCCCGAUGGUGAGCACGUGUGCCGUUGAUAUGUUUUGACAUUGUUGAGCUUCAUUUGCCUGAUAGAGUCUUGCGACAGUUUGGGUUUGAGCAGCUGGUUCCACGGCCUAUCGACACUUAUGUUGAGCUGCAUAGGCUGGAUAGGCGUGGGAAGCAUACAGAGGAUUGGGCACUCAGACAUGUCCGAUAUGUGACUAUGUGGGAAAGGAGAGCUGAGCUAGUUGUGGCCGGGACACCGACAUAUGUGCCAUCUGUUUCAGGAGACUACAUGGGAUGGUAUUACAGCAUCACUCGUUUGUUUGUGUCUCCUUCGUUCAGACUCCCUACUCAUCAUUAUCAGCCUAGUUCCUUAGCUUUGCAUAUUACGACACGAGCUUUGCAGCGCAUACAUCAGCGGGCUACUGCCACAGUGACUGAUAGUCCUGAUGUGGACUUGUAUGGACAGGCUCUCACAGGCAUUGCGUCCUUGUGUUCAGAUGUGUUGGGGCGAGUCGACUACGGCCAUCUUAUACACAUGCCACCAUCUCAGGAGAUGCCAUCCACGUCUAGUGCAGCGGCGGCUUCAUCAUCCCAGACGCAGCAUGAGAGAGUGGUUCUUCAACCACGACAACGGCGUAGGCGUAGACAGGAGCAACAACAUCUCCAUGACGAAGCUGAC